AUGAUAUAUCUACAAAUAUUAUCAAUUGUCUUCCUAGCCAAGUUCUCGAUAGCAUCAGAUGUCGACUUAGAAAAUCUUUCUAUAUAUAACUACCAUCUUAGUACUGGUGUUCCAGAAGCAGCAAGGUUGAUGGCUUCUGAAGCAAAAUAUUUAGCCUACGGUAGUAUAUAUCAAAUUGUUGGAGGUCGCACUACCGACAUUAGCCACGUACCCUAUCAAGCAGGUCUAGUCAUUAAAGUACUACGUCUACUGACGUCUAUUUGUGGAGGCUCUCUUAUCACUCCCACUCGUGUCGUCACAGCAGCUCACUGUAUUUUCGACGGCAACACCAGAGCUCAGGAUAUAACAGUGGUGCUUGGAUCCAGCCACAUCUUUUCAGGAGGAGAGAGGACCGAUUCUGAUGGAACUGUUGUCCAUACCGACUGGAAUCCUAACACAACGGAAAAUGAUAUUGCUAUAGUUUUCAUUUCGCCGAUUACAUUUACAGACGUAAUAGAACCUAUAAGUCUACCAAGCGGGCACGAACUGAAGGAAAAUUUCAUUGGUUGGACGGCACUGGCAUCUGGAUUCGGUUUAACAAAGAGCGGUGGUAAAAUUCCUCAAAACCAAAACUUAAACUCCGUUCAUCUGAAAAUAAUUUCGAAUGAACAAUGCCAGGCGAUUUAUGGUGAUAUAGUUCGGCCUACUAAUAUAUGUACUGAUGGAGCUGAUGGACGGGGUACGUGCAACGGCGAUUCCGGUGGUCCCCUCACCGUUGAUAACAAGGGAAGACGGAUCUUGAUCGGUAUUACUUCAUUCGGCGCAAGCGCAGGUUGCGACAAAGGUUUCCCUGCGGCUUACACUCGAGUCACUUCCUAUGUAUCCUGGAUUCUUACUAUUUAAAUUUAUUAAUACAAUAACCGUUUCUAUCAAUUUUAUUCAAAACAAGAUUCUAAUGAUUUGCACAAAUCCAUUAAAUGUAAAUUUUAUUAAUUUCUAUACAAAGUAUGUUUAUUCUAAUAUAUAACAUAACAAUAUCA